GUCCAGCGUGGCUGUGUAUUCAAAGCACAAGUCUGCGUGGUUUUAGUCGAAGGAUGUGGAGCUAGCGAAGGUUUAUCAGUGAAACGAGGGGGCAAAUGGAGUAGUAUGUGCCCUGGGAAAAGAAGGAGACUUAAGUGCGUCGUUUGUAGAAUUAAUAGGAAAAGUGGUCUACAGGCACCAUAUAUCGGAUUUGAUUGAGCAAAGAUGGAUUCGCUUUUGUUGUAAUCGUUUUCUAAAUCUCACCAGACGGAGACGAAGCAUUACCUGUGGUGAAGACGCGAGAGUGCAGCGGUGUUCGGAUGUUUUUGUAAAACACCAAACCUAGGAUACUGGAAGUUCCGAGUUUAGAUGCGAUGACUGCAGCCUCCAGUGAACCUAGGACGGGCCAUCGCCGGGGGCGUCUCCACACUGAUACUGAGGCUGCCAACACUCACAACAACCAUCACUCUAAGAGUCUACGCUAGGCUCUCCGCUCGCCUGACGACUCACCCGCUCGCUCACUCUGCCACCCUCCCUCCAUCCCUCCCUGCCUCUACCUCCGGCCAGGAUGGCCCAGUUGGCCUCCAUUUGGGUUUUCCUCAUCCUGCUAUACGUGCUCGGGUGUUGCCAGGGCGAUGCCAUCCCCAGGGUCUCCUUCCCAACUGGUAGCCCAGGUAGAUCAGUAACCCACUUUACCAGUCCUGAGAUUGGCAACUCCACCACUUUGUUGCUAAGCAGCGAUGGAGACACACUUUUUGUUGGUGCACGUGAUGCCAUCCUCUCACUGGACGUCAGCGAGCCCAGGACAAUGGACAUGAUGAACAAGGUGGACUGGUCACCAACAGAAAAAGACUUAAGUGACUGUGCCAUGAAAGGCAAGAAAAAGACGGACUGCCCCAACUUCAUCCGAGUCCUCGAGGUCCUAAACUCCACCCACAUGUACGCCUGCGGGACCUUCGCCUUCAGCCCGCGCUGCACCUACAUCAACUCUGAGACAUUCUCGUUGGUGUUCGGCCCCAGUGGUAAACCUGACGAGGGUAGAGGUCGUUGCCCCUACGACCCCUACCAGAGGAACACGGCCAUCACAGUGGACGGAGAGCUCUACACAGGUACAGUUGCAGACUACCGGGGCAAUCGGCCGGUCAUCUCUCGGCACCUGAGCGAGGGCAGCCAUGUUGACCUGAAACUGGACGACACUCUUGGCUGGCUGGAGGACCCCACGUUCAUCAGCUCCAGUUACGUCCCAAGCGAGGAGAAGGUCUACUUCUUCUUCAGCGAGGUGGGACGAGAAUACGACUUCAUCGACAAGCUCACCGUGUCCCGUGUCGCACAAGUCUGCACGAGUGAUGUGGGCGGCCAGCGGACCCUGCAGAGACGCUGGACCACCUUUGCCAAAGCACAGCUUCUUUGCCAGUCCCAGGGGGAGCUGCCUUACAAUGUGCUGGAGGACAUGUUCACCCUCCAGCCACCAGAGGGAGCUCCAGAGGAGGACACGCUCUUCUACGGCAUCUUCAGUUCUCAGUGGUCAGUUAACUCAGGCCGUUCAGCGGUGUGUGUGUUCAGCCUUGACGACAUCGGAGCUGUGUUUUCCGGGAACUACAAGGUCUUGAACCGAGAUACACUGAGAUGGAGUACGCGUGUGCAGGAAAAAGUGGCCAACCCUGGAUCAUGUGGCCUCCACAACGCCUCAGACAGCACACUGCGCUUCGUCAAGGAGAACUUCCUCACAGACGAGAGUGUACAGCCCAGCAGCCGGAAGCUCAGCAUGGUGUCGCCCGACUAUAGCUAUAGCAACAUAGCUGUGCAGAGGGUGCGCGGCGCAAAGGGCAGGAACUACACCGUGCUUUACCUGCUCACAGAAUCGGGCUACCUGCACAAAACAGUUCUGCUGGAGAAGGGGCCUCACAUCAUCGAGGAGGUGCAAGUGUUCCGACAGCCCCAACCCAUCAAGAACCUCCUGCUGUCCAUAGAUAAGGGUUCCGUGUUUGUGGGCUCCUCUGAGGGAGUGUCCGAGGUCCCCGUGGCGAACUGCUCCUUCUACUCGGGCUGCGCGGAGUGUGUGCUCGCCCGAGACCCCUUCUGUGGGUGGGACCCCUCCUUGAGAAUCUGCACAGACAUCGCAAAUAUACAGGCUAAUGCAGCGCAGGAUGUGGAGAAAGGCAACGUGCUGGAGGAGUGCAAGUCCUUAUCUCUCUCGCCGCGAUCCAGCUUUCCACCUCUCAGACCCCCCACAGCUACUUGUCUCCCAGGUGAGCUGAAGUCCGUGACGCUCAACGAGGUGGUGCAUCUGCAGUGCCCCGAGGCCUCGCGCCUGGCCCGCCGUCACUGGGAGCGGCCCAACAGCCGCCUGUCCCCGGACCUCUACCUGCAGCAGGACGACGGCAGCCUGCGUUUCCUGGCAACGCCCAUCACACUGGGCCACUACCUGUGCCUGUCGGUGGAGAACGGCUUCCAGCAGGUGCUGUCUGUCUACCAGGUCAAGCAGAAGAGUAGUGCUGGAGGUGGAGGAGGCGGCACCACCAGCCAACCGAUGAGCGCCGUGCCCUCACGCACCACCCAGGAUCACCAGCCAAAUGGCGAGCCCGGGAUGGGCCCACUGCCCACAACCGCCUGGGGGCCAAGGAGGACCGAGGGGAAGGUGAGAGAUCACGAGGCAACGCCUACGCUGUCGCCGCGGGAGACGGCAGGGGUGACGCCGCACAAGGGCAGCAGGAACUUCACCUUGUGGCUGAACCCGGUACUGCAGGCCGAGACUGAGACUGAGACGAAACUGAAGGGCCGCGGGGGCGUGACGCCUGCCAAGGGGGGGUCAGGAGGUGUAGUAGGAGAAGGGGUGGAGAAAGGAGGAGGUGCUGGGGAGCAGCUGCUGCAGACCAACAUGCCGAGCUACCUGCAGGAGCUGGUGGUGGUUUCGGUGCUGCUCGUGCUGAGUGUGAGCAUGCUGCUCACUGUCGCCCUCUACGGCAUGAGGCAGCGCUGCCGCAGUCGCACCGCGCCCCAGGCCUGCGCACGCCGAGACGCAGAGAGGGGGGCCCCCGCCAACACCACCGGGGGGACCGCCUCCACUCAGCAGGAGCGGGAGGCUCUCAAGGCGUCGCCACGGGAGACGAAACGCAAUGGACAGGCGCACAAUAGCCAGGUGCAGAACGGCGGGAAGAGUCCAGUCACUCUGAGCAAGGGCGUGGCCAACGGUUCUAACGGGCACCUCCCCAACACGCCCAUAUGAGGGCGCCACAGAAAAACAACAACCCGUGACCCAGUACUUUGUUAGUCAUGUCCAACCCCCCGACCCCCCUGCACACAACGGAGCCUCAUGUAUGCAAUGUUGCACUGAGUCACAGAAAGACCAACACCCCCACGCCCCUCUUAAAUGCACAUGUGCACCGCCUGCUCACGCACCCCCUCCUUUUCCAACAAAUCACCACUGCUGUGGUGUGAAAGACAAAAAAAAGAAAUCUGUCAAACUUUUUCGUAUUUCAGAGAAUAAACUUUCAGGGAGAGAAAAUUACUGUGGACCCUUCAACCAAUCCUGAUUUCUUCAACGAUUCCUUUCUUUUCUACACUCUUGUCUGACCUCAACCAUUGAUGGGUGGGGGGAUG